UAUAAAACCACUGUUGAUGGGACAUCUGCAUUAACACCAUUCUUAUGUUCACUUCAUCAUCAUCAUCAUCAUCAUCAUCAUCAUCAUCAGUCAUGUCGUCUCAAUCUUUCCUUCUUGUUCUACUGGUUCUCACCUGCCUUCACACCUUCACUGCAGCCCAGAAUGUAUAUGGACCAAGUCACUGCUGUUUCAAUUUCCAGAAGACUCCAAUCCCUGAAAAAGCUGUGAUAUCUUAUAAAAAAACCCGGACUGACUGUACAAAACCUGGCAUCAUUUUCUACCUUAAGAAAGACAACAUGGCGUGUGUGAAUCCUUCUGAUGUGUGGGUGACCGACAUCAUGAAAAACAUCGACAAGCAUCAGGAAGUCUGAGCUCCUGAAACCUCACCCGAGCGAUUCAAUCCUCUCAACAUCAUAUAUGCUUUUCAUAUUAUAUCAAAUUAUUAACGCUUAAUUAUUAUACAUCACUUGCAGCAUGCAAAUGGAAAGAAUAAAACUUUCACACGUUUUAUUUGUUACUUUAUUUUAUCAUUUUUAUUUUUUUUGCAUUCAAAGGCAUUUGAAUCUUGCUUUUAUUUACUUUCAACCUUUGCCAAUAAAUAAAUAAUAAAAAAACAAAUAAAUAAAUAAAA